CCCCCCCAACCUCCCAACUUGUCUUUACUUUAUUCUUCGCUUCCUCCCGAUUAACUCUUUCUUUUUGGUGUUCCAUUUCCGAUUCAUGGAGCUCUCCGGCUACUCUUUCUGCGCCUCCCCUACCUGAUUCAUUCCUCAACUCAAGACUUCCCAACUCUCCCUACUCUCCUUUGCUGCCUCUUCAUCCCCUUUUAUGGAGGAGGCUAGAUUUGGAGCCCAACCUCAGCUUUAUUAUGGUAUGCCCUCCACAGAUUUGCGAGCUAUGGCCAAACGAGGCAUCGAGUGGGAUCCCAACGAUUGGAGAUGGGAUGGGGACCUCUUCAUCGCUACCCCUCUCCAUCCCACUUCCUCUAAUUUUCAGAGCAGACAGUUGUUCCCCCUCCAGACUCAACUCACCACUACUGUUGCUUCCUCCAACAGUUGUUCCUCCUUUUCUGAUGAACUGGAUCAACCCACUGUCAAGGAUAACAGGGAAUUGGAGAAGAAGAGGAGGGUCCAAGACAAUAAUUUGUCUGCUGAUAAUCUUACUCUCAACCUUGGUGGACGAGGAUACGCAGUGUCCGCCAACACGGAACCAACAACCGGGAAGAAGACCAAGUUGGCUGCCCCUACGCCCAAUCGUGCAGUUUGUCAGGUUGACGAUUGCGGGGCUGAUCUGAGCAAGGCUAAAGACUACCAUCGACGACAUAAGGUCUGUGAGAUGCAUUCCAAGGCUAGCAAGGCACUCGUAGCAAAUCAAAUGCAGCGGUUCUGCCAGCAGUGCAGCAGGUUCCAUGCACUUCAAGAGUUUGACGAAGGAAAGAGAAGCUGCCGUCGGCGCUUGGCUGGCCACAAUAAAAGGAGGAGGAAAACACAGACAGAGAAUGUCAGUAAUAGUAGUCCAAUCAAUGACAACCAGGCAAGUGGUUAUCUGUUGAUGAGCAUACUGAAGAUACUCUCCAACAUGCACUCCAAUAGGUCGAACCAGACAGAUGAUCAGGAUCUCCUGUCUCAUCUUCUGCAAACCCUUGCCAGUCAGGGACCCUUCCGAAGAAACAUAUCUGCGCAUCUACAGGAAUCUCAAGACUUGCUCAAUAAUUUGCCUUCACUGGGAAACUCAGAGUCCGUACCUGCGUUGCUCUCAAAUGAUUCUCUAGGACAAAGAUCUAUGCAGGAACAUUGUACAACUACUGGUGAUGAAAUGCCAAGAAAAAUUGGGGAUCUGCAAGCCAGUUCUCAAAGGCCGGGAAUCGUGUUACACACCCAGGCCACUUCUCAAAUUUAUGAUCAAGGCAGGGAGACUUCUGGUGGGAGGAGCAAACUCAACAAUUUUGAUCUGAAUGACAUUUAUGUUGAUUCUGAUGAUGGUAUGGACGACAUAGAAAGAUCAACCGUUCCACAGGGUCUAGGGAUUGGGUGUCCUUCGUGGGCGCAACAAGAAUCUCAUCAGUCAAGUCCUCCUCAGACUAGUGGAAAUUCAGAUUCUGCAUCUGCACAGUCACCAUCCAGUUCCAGCGGAGAGGCUCAGAGCCACACAGAUCGCAUUGUUUUCAAACUAUUUGGCAAAGAGCCUAGUGAUUUUCCCAUUGUUUUAAGAGCGCAGAUAUUUGAUUGGUUAUCCCAUAGUCCUACUGACAUAGAGAGCUACAUUAGGCCAGGCUGUGUCAUUUUGACUAUAUAUCUUCGUCUGUCUGAAUCUUCCUGGGAGGAGCUCUAUUGUGAUCUGAGCUCCAGUCUAAAUAGGCUUUUGAAUAUCUAUGAUGAUGUAUAUUUUUGGAGCACGGGUUGGAUCUAUGCCAGGGUGCAGAAUCAGAUGGCAUUUGUUUACAAUGGUCAGGUAGUUGUUAACACAUCUUUGCCUCUUGGGACUGAUAACUAUACCACAAUUCUGAGUGUUAAACCUAUUGCUGUGGCAUCCUCUGGGCAAGCUCAAUUCUUUGUCAAAGGCAUUAAUUUAUCGCGACCUUCCACGAGGUUACUCUGUGCACUGGAUGGAAAUUAUGUGGAAGCCAGUACUGAGUUGGUGGAACACGUUGAUGGCCUUGAGGGGAGUGUUCAAUAUCUUAAGUUUUCCUGUUCGGUGCCUGCAGUUACAGGAAGAGGUUUUAUUGAGGUUGAAGACCAUGGUCUCAGUAGCAGCUUCUUUCCGUUCAUAGUGUGCGAGGAUGAUGUUUGCACUGAGAUUUGUAUGCUAGAGAAAGAAAUAGAAUUGACAGAUAUAGAUAAUUUACACAGAGGGAGAUUUUAUGCGCGAAACCAAGCUAUGGAGUUUAUACAUGAAAUGGGAUGGCUUCUCCAUAAAUUGCAGUCAAAGCUGCGAUUUGGUCAUGAAGGUCCUAAUUUGGGCUCGUUUCCCUUUGAACGGUUCAAGUAUCUUGUUGAGUUUUCGAUGGAUCAUGACUGGUGUUCUGUUGUAAAUAAGCUCCUGGAUAUUCUUUUCUAUGGGAUAGUGAGUGGUGGAGAGCAGCCUUUCGUGAAGUUUGCUCUGUCUGAGAUGGGUCUGCUGCAUCGAGCAGUGCGGAGAAAUUCAAGGUCUCUAGUGGAGAUGCUGUUGAGAUAUGUCCCUGAGGAAGUAGCAGAUGAACUAAGUUCAGAAUACCAAUCCCUGGUUGAAAUUGACAAGAGUUCCUUGUUUAGACCUGAUGUUGCAGGACCUGGAGGUCUGACCCCUCUUCAUGUAGCAGCUGGUAGGGAUGGAUCUGAAGAUAUUUUGGAUGCUUUGACUGAUGAUCCUGGAAAGGUGGGAAUUGGAGCAUGGAAGAGUGCCCUUGACAGCACAGGAUUCACCCCUGAAGAUUAUGCUCGACUGAGAGGACACUACUCUUAUAUUCACCUGGUCCAGAGGAAAAUCAACAGAAGAGUAUCUUCUGGGCAUGUAGUUGUCGACAUAUCUGACACUGUUUCAGAUAGCAGCAUCAAUCAGAAGCCAAAUAUGGAACCUCCUGCUAGUUUUGAGAUUGGAAUAAAAGGCAUUCAGCGACCUUGUGGUGUUUGUGCUCAGAAUAUGGCCUAUAGAACUGGGAGUCGAACUCUGCUUUACAGGCCUGCGAUGCUCUCCAUGUUGGCCAUAGCUGCCGUAUGUGUUUGUGUGGCUAUUCUUAUGAAGAGCUUACCUCGAGUUCUGUUUGUCUUCCGUCCAUUCAGUUGGGAGAUGUUGGAAUAUGGUUCCAGCUGAGGUCAACUUGAUAAUGAGUGUGACAAAGAUAACCUAAUUUGUUUUUUUGUUUGUGUGCACCCUCAAAAUGUAGUACCGAAGCACUUGGUAUAAAUAGCUGUUUAGAGAAGAUUUCAGAAUCCGUAAGUGUAACAAUAAUUUAAGAGCUUUAUCAAAUUGUUUCUCUUUUCUGGAUUGGAGUAUCAAAGCAGCUUCACUAUGUAUGUAAAUUGUUGCAGUUACCCUAUGUAAUUUAUUUGUGAAAGGAUGGCACAUGAGAACUAUUUGGUGGGCUCUUGACCAUGUCCACAAAUCAACCCA